AUGGCCCAUCGGAACAUCCGGAGUUUCCAGACGUUGGUGAAGCACUCGCCGAUAAAUACGUUGGCGUUCGACUUUCACUGCAACGGACAGUCGACGGGUGCGAAAGAGGACUGGUCGUUGGGCGGUUAUCAGCGUGAGGCGUACGACGACUUGGAAGGCGUAGUUCGGUGGAUCGAGUCCCGUGGCGGACGUGUUCUUAUUAUCCUCGGCCAUUCACGGGGUGCGAGUGUGGUCUUGAUGCACAGCAUGGAGUUCGACCAUGUGCCCUACGUCCUCAGUCUCGCCGCACGAUUCGACCCGAGCACGGGGCUCGACCCAUACUUCAAGCCGGGCGACCGGGAACGGUUACUCAACGGUGAAGUGCAUGUGGUCGAGUGCCAGAAACAGUUCAGUGAUGGAAUCCCGCGUUUCAUCUCAGCCAAGUGUCUCAAGCAACGACUCGCAAUCGACAUGAGCAAGCUACGCGAUCUCACACACACUAAGGCAAUCUUCUUCGUCCAUGGCGCCAGUGAUGAAACUAUUCCCCCUUCGCACGCCCUCCUCCUCGCUGCCACACUCGCAGGCAAAGAGACGCCGGGCUUGACUGACGGUGACUUGAGCGAUUCCGUACUAGCUCAGUCCGAUCUUACCGAAGUUACCAACCCCGCCGGAGUCAAAGGCUUCGUCAAAAUCGUUGGCGAUGCCAACCACUCACUCAAGAGUCCACAUGGGAAAAAAGGCUUCGAACCCCUGCUCGAACUUAUGAGCGUCAUUUAUGACCAAAUCCGAAUGAUUGAAAACUGCAGCAUGUGCUUGCACACCGCGCCUCACAUGCCGUGA